AUGGGAGUUCCAGCAGUCUUCAAGUCUGACAAAGACAUUCGUCGCGUCGGCAACUAUACUUUCGAAUGGACCGAGGACCACAUCCCUAGAGAAACAACAGACCCGCUACGCUACACGUACGACAAGCUGGGGGCGGCGGCAGUGGACAGGAUCCAAGAGAUCCACCGCCGGAGCGCCGCAGCCGCCGACGGAGACGCACAGCACAUAUCGAGACUGGACCUCCUCGCGGUGCUCGAAGCCAACCACGGCACCGACGCCGUCCUCGGGCAGCUGUGGGAUGAGGUGCACAGCGUCCCGGCCUGGGUGGACUGGGCGCAGCUGGAGCGGGGCCAGCGGUUCCUGUACCGGUACGCGCUGGCCAACCUGAUGGGCUUCGCGCUGCAGGGGUUCGUGGGCGAGAACUCUGCGUCGCAGGGCGUGGUGGAGGUGCUGGUGCGCACCGGCGGCUUCAGCACGCGCGUGCUCCUGCGGCGGCUGCUCGAGACCUUCCAGCUGCUGCUCCAGGUCACCCACAGCCCGGGCUUCCUCGAGCCCGGCGGCGAGGGCCACAGGUCCGCCGUCAGGGUGCGCCUGCUGCACUCCAUGGUGCGGCAGCGCAUCCUCAAGAUCGUCGAGGCCAGGGGCGCCGAGUACUUUGACGUCGCGACGCUCGGCGUGCCCCUCAACACCCUCGACUCCCUGCACGCCCUGACCACCUUUGGCUGCAACCACGCCUUCAUCCAGCUGCCGCUCAUGGGCAUCACCGCCCGCCCGGCCGAGGUGGAGGACUACGUCGCCCUGUGGCGCUACGUCGGCUACCUGCUCGGCACGCCCACCGAGCACUUUGCCUCGGCCGCGCGGGCCAAGGUGCUGAUGGACAGCCUGAGCUACCACGAGCGGGGGCUGACCGACAGCUCGCUGGUGUGCGGCCACAACUUUGUCGAGACCGUCCGGGACCUCGAGCCCAUCAACCUGUCGGCCGGCUUCAUCGAGGCCGGCAGCAGGGUCCUCAACGGGGACGCCCUCUGCGACGACCUCGGCAUGAAGCGGCCGGGCCUCUACCACUACGCCUGCUUCAGGGGCUACUGCUGGUUCGUCAAGACGCUCGCCGCGGCGCAGCAGUGGUUUCCUCGUCUGGACGCAAAGAUCAUCGACUUCAACAGGGAUAUGCUCCACUCGGCCAUCAUUCACAGCAAGGCUGGCCUGGCAGGGGGCUCCAAGCUCAAGUUUAAGCAUGUGCCCGACGGGACACUGACGGGCAAGGAGAGCAGCGCGGUCAAGCGAGGUGAGAUUCGUUUUUAUGAGAGGCUAUUCGAGCUGUUCUGCUUGGCAUACUUUAUCUUGGGAUUGUUUGUUUUCCUAUGUGGUGCGGGCAUGGCAAUAAAAGCAGCAUCAACGAUGUGGGAUCAUCUUUAG